AUGUCUCCACGUACUGCUAUGCUGAACAAACUGGCUGUGAAGCAUGGUCUCCCCGAACUCUCGCCCACAUCUGUUACAGAUCCAGGGCCCGGUCUUGACCAUCCCAACUCCCGUAACAUCAACGCAUACCCUGCUUCACCACCUUAUUCCAUACGAUCCUUCUCUUCCACCGCUCCACACUCGCCGCCAGCUCCAUCUAUCCACAUCGCCAACGGCGUAGAGUCCGAAGCUACAUCCCCCAUCGAUCCGUCAGGCACCAUGCUCUUCUACACAUCCAACCGCAGCGUCGACUCUGGUCUCCUUGGCGUUCCUCCCCUCUCUGAACCUCAAGUAGCCGAGUACCGCUUCUGGCGUCCCUGCGGCCGUCGCGUGUGCGGUUUUGGAUGCGGUACCGCGAAUGUAGGCGAGGCUGCUGCCGCCAAGCGACUUUUCCGCGAUGUCGAAGAAGUCGUUCUUAAAGAUGAUGAACAGAGUGAGGAUGGGAGUGUGGGUGCAUAUGGGUAUGGUCUUGAUGGUCAAGUUGAACAGAGCUCGAGUGAAGGGAGUGCGGAGCAUGUUACGAGCACGUGGGCUGGUAGGCGUCUUGUUACCGAUUGGAAUCAGUUUUUGUCUGGGUGUGAGCGGGAGGGCGUUGCGCCGUUCUGA